CGCGGUCUACGCGAAGAGGCUGUCGCGGUUGUUCCCCCGACGUGGCACCUAGCAAUGGCCUUGGCCAGACCUGCCCACGUCGUACCCAGAUGGCAGUCUGCGCACGAAGGUCCGUGGGGACUGAAGAAUCCCGGGUUAACGCCAGCGCAACCUCCAGCAGCGAAAGACAUUCAGACAUCCAUCCCCGGCGCAAGCCUUUCGCGGGGAGGGAUGGACAAGCUCAAGCGUUAGACUGCGCGCGCCGUGGUCUCGUUCUGUGGCCCUACUCCCAUGUCCCAUAAUUUACGGCUGAGACCCUUCUCCCGCCCGCGAGAACUCCAGCGUCCGCUUGGGAUUAUGCAGGGUGGUGCUUGCGACACGCAUGUUGACGUCCACCUGCUUUAUGCGUGGCUCUUGCCUCGUAUGUACAGCGUUAACAGUCGAGGCGAUCCCCGUGCCCGGCCAAACGAAUCACUCGCUGAGCCGCAGUGCCGCUUCGCUCCUCGCCCCAGCUCCCACCCUUGUGCGAACGCCGCUCUUCGUGCACCGCGCCAGUGUGCAAGGGCCGUUUGUGGGCGUGGCACCACGGCAGAACUCUCCCAAGCAAGCUCGCACUUAGCCAAUCGCCCGCGAUCGUCUGCGCGUCCCCACGUUGAUGCACGCAGCCCCCCAGAACUCAAGGGGAAUCUCGAACGUCGCUGGACUGCGUGGGCGCGGAGAGUCUGACGCCUAUUGAUCCCUGUCCCCCACCCUGUCUUAGGUUCAUCGCGCUUCGGGGAUGCGCAGAGCGCAUUCGCGCAAUGCCGGUAAUGUUAUCUUCUGCCCCCGAGCUCCGUGUUGCCGCAAUCCGGCUGUUUCGCUCAGGGCAUCUCAGAGUGGCCUGCUGCGCCUUCCUUGCUAGAAGCUCCUUGAGCAGCGGUUCAGAUGACAGACAGGGGCUACGCCGGUAUGCCCAUGACGAAGAGGGUCGACCGUCCGGUGCGCGACCACACUCGCUUCCAGCUUCCUUCUCGCCCAUCGCCGGCUUCAGACUUUCGCCGGCAACAAUAACGCACGCGCAGCCCAGGGAAACUUCGCUUUUCUGAACAGCGCUACUUAUCGCCGACGACCACGUCCAGACGCCAAAUCCGAGACGAGAAACGAACAAGACGCUUGGCCACCAGUCGAAGCCCCCAGGGUCAAUGGCCUCGAAGCUCGCGACACACGUUCCGCAUGCGCUUCUACUACUAGCGGCCGGAUUGAUCCUGCCCUGUACGGCGCAGGUUUCGGAUGAUUGGACAGGGCCGCUGGGGUCGCUCACACCUGCGACAUGCGUA